AUGUCCACCGCGGGUGUCAUGAGGCCACAGGCGACUGUAGAGAAAGACUCUUCUUUUGAGCCUCUUUUGAAGCCAAUUUACAAAGGUAAGAAACUCACCGACGAGAUCAACACUGCAGAAGACAAGUGGAAUCUGUUACCAGCGUUUCUGAAAGUCAAAGGAUUAGUCAAACAGCAUUUGGACUCAUUCAACUACUUUGUGGACACAGAUUUGAAAAAAAUAAUCAAGGCAAAUGAGCUCAUUUUGAGUGACGUUGAUCCAGAAUUCUACCUGAAGUAUGUGGAUAUUAGAGUUGGCUACAAAUCUAGUUCAUCAUCCAAGGAUUACAUAGUUCCUCCUCACGAAUGCCGUCUUAGAGAUAUGACUUACUCGGCCCCUGUUUACGUCGAUAUUGAGUAUACCAGAGGCAGAAACAUCAUCAUGCACCGAGACGUUGAAAUAGGUAGAAUGCCUAUCAUGCUUCGUUCCAACAAGUGUAUUUUGAAUGGAGCCUCUGAAGCCCAAAUGGCGAAGAUCAACGAAUGUCCUCUCGAUCCCGGUGGGUACUUUAUUGUUAAUGGUACUGAAAAGGUCAUCCUGGUACAGGAACAACUGUCUAAGAAUCGUAUUAUUGUGGAGGCAGACGAGAAAAAGGCGAUCGUCCAGGCCUCCGUCACUUCUUCUACCCACGAAAGAAAGUCCAAAACCUAUGUCAUUACCAAGAACGAAAAGAUUUAUUUGAAGCAUAAUUCUAUUGCUGAAGAGGUACCGAUUGUCCUCGUUCUCAAGGCAUGUGGCGUUGUGUCAGAUCUUGAAAUUAUGCAAUUAGUCUGUGGUAAUGACAGCAGCUAUCAGGAUAUUUUCGCCAUCAAUUUCGAAGAGGUGGCCAAGAUGAAGAUUUACACCCAGCAACAAGCUUUGGAAUACAUUGGAUCUAAAGUGAAGACAAUAAGACGUCAGAAGCUGACUACUUUGCAAGAGGGUAUUGAGGCGAUUGCAACCACGGUCAUCGCCCAUCUCACAGUGGAAGCACUUGACUUCAGAGAAAAGGCAUUAUACAUUGCUGUAAUGACGAGAAGAGUCGUCAUGGCCAUUCAAAAUCCCAAAAUGGUCGAUGACAGAGAUUACGUUGGUAACAAGAGAUUAGAACUCGCUGGUCAACUGAUGUCACUUCUUUUCGAAGAUUUGUUCAAAAAAUUCAACAAUGAUUUUAAGGCAAACAUUGACAAGGUCCUCAAGAAGCCAAAUAGAGCAAUGGAAUAUGACGCUUUGUUAUCAAUUAACGUGCAUUCGAACAACAUUACUAGUGGUCUCAAUAGAGCGAUUUCGACUGGUAACUGGUCUUUGAAGAGAUUUAAGAUGGAAAGAGCAGGUGUAACCCAUGUCUUGAGCAGAUUAUCUUAUAUCUCGGCUCUCGGAAUGAUGACUAGAAUCUCUUCCCAAUUUGAAAAGUCCCGUAAAGUUUCUGGCCCAAGAGCAUUACAACCGUCGCAAUUUGGUAUGCUCUGCACAUCAGAUACUCCAGAAGGUGAGGCGUGUGGACUGGUCAAAAAUCUUGCUCUGAUGACCCAUAUCACUACGGAUGAUGAAGAGGAACCUAUCAAAAAGCUCUGCUAUUUAUUAGGUGUCGAAGAUAUUUCAGUAGUGGAUAGCGACUCUCUUCACCUCAACUAUUGUGUCUAUCUUAAUGGUACAAUUGUUGGUGUGAUAAGGUUUGCCACAAAGUUCGUAUCUCAUUUCCGAAGUUUAAGAAGAUCUGGUAAGAUUUCGGAUUUUAUUUCCAUCUACACUAACUUACACCAGAAGGCUGUCCACAUUGCAACGGAUGGUGGCAGAGUAUGUCGCCCAUUGAUUAUCGUCACCGGAGGUGAAUCACGGGUCAAGUCCGAACAUCUGCAGCAACUUCUUAACGGUGGCCUGCAAUUCGACGAUUUUUUGAAACUUGGAUUAGUUGAAUAUCUGGAUGUUAACGAAGAAAACGACUCCUUUAUUGCACUUUAUGAAAAGAACAUUGAGCCAAGAACGACACAUUUAGAAAUUGAACCCUUUACAGUUUUGGGUGCCGUAGCAGGUUUGAUUCCAUAUCCUCAUCAUAAUCAAUCGCCCCGUAACACCUAUCAGUGUGCAAUGGGUAAGCAAGCUAUUGGAGCGAUUGCGUACAAUCAAUUUAAAAGGAUUGACACUCUUCUUUAUCUCAUGAUAUAUCCACAGCAACCGAUGGUCAAGACAAAAACAAUAGAACUUAUAGAUUACGACAAGAUUCCCGCAGGACAGAAUGCAACAGUUGCCGUCAUGUCUUAUUCAGGCUAUGAUAUUGAAGAUGCAUUGGUGCUCAAUAAGUCUUCCAUUGACAGAGGAUUCGGACGUUGCGAGACCAGGCGUAAGCUUACGACAGUUUUGAAGAGGUACCCCAACCAUACACAGGAUAUGGUAGGUGGUAUGAGAGUGGAUGAGAAUGGAGACCCCAUAUGGCAGCACAGAGCUCUUGGCCCGGAUGGCCUUGGAGAAGUUGGAAUGAAAGUUGAGAGUGGCCAAAUUUACGUUAACAAAUCCGUACCUACAAAUGCGUCCGACAGCGUGCUUACUCAAACUCAAGCACAGUAUAGAGAAACUCCAGUAGUGUACAGAGCUCCUGAACCUUCCCACAUUGACCAGGUAAUGAUGUCUGUGUCAGAGAACGAUCAAGCUCUUAUCAAAGUGCUACUGAGACAAAAUAGGAGACCCGAACUAGGUGACAAAUUUUCUUCCAGGCACGGUCAAAAGGGUGUCUGUGGUAUCAUCGUAAAUCAUGAAGAUUUACCCUUUAAUGAUCAAGGUAUCGUGCCUGACAUUAUCAUGAACCCUCAUGGUUUCCCUUCACGUAUGACAGUCGGAAAAAUGAUGGAACUGUUAUCUGGUAAGGCUGGUGUGCUGAAUGGAACGUUAGAGUAUGGUACUUGUUUUGGCGGCUCUAAAUUAGAGGACAUGACGGACAUCUUAAUUAAAAAUGGAUUUAAUUACUCCGGUAAGGACAUGUUGUACUCUGGUAUCACGGGUGAGUGCUUACAAGCCUAUAUAUUCUUUGGUCCCAUCUACUAUCAAAAACUGAAACACAUGGUUUUGGACAAAAUGCAUGCUAGAGCUAGAGGACCGAGAGCCGUUUUAACGCGUCAACCUACUGAAGGUAGAUCGCGCGAUGGUGGUCUUAGAUUAGGGGAGAUGGAAAGGGAUUGUGUUAUUGCCUAUGGAGCUUCGCAGUUGCUACUGGAGAGGUUGAUGAUAAGUUCAGAUGCUUUCGAGGUCGACGUUUGCAAUAACUGUGGACUGAUGGGUUACAGUGGCUGGUGUACUACAUGCAAGAGUGCAGAGCAUAUUGUGAAAAUGACUAUUCCUUAUGCUGCCAAGCUACUGUUCCAAGAACUGUUGUCGAUGAACAUUGCCCCUAGAUUGAAAUUAGAAGACGUUUUUGAACAGUAG